AUGUGCAAUUCCUGGCUGGUGCUCAUAAUUGCGCUCUCCGUUGUCGUCUGCCUGUGGAACUCGCAACAAACCGAAACAUCCAAAUCAUGCCCAGCCGAGUGCAUCUGCUUGUCCCAGACUCAAGUGCUGUGUAACACGGGCGGCCUCGAGCAGAUCCCGCUGCGCCAGCUGCCGGCGACGGUGGAGAACCUGGCGCUGACCAAGAACAACUUCCCGAUCAUCAAGCCGGACUCAUUCGCCGGGCUGCGGGCGCUGAAGAAGCUCUCGCUGGACGGGAACAACAUCACGCGGAUCAAGCAGUUCGCCUUCCGCGGACUGCCGCGUCUCAAGGAGCUCUCCAUCCAGUACACGCCGCUGCAGAUGGUGGCCCAAUUCGCGUUCGCCGGGCUGCAGAACCUGUCCACCAUCCUGCUGAGCCACAACCAGAUCCAGCGGAUCGAGGGCAACGCCUUCGCGGGCACCUCGAACAUCAAGCUGAUCCUGCUGACCAACAAUCCGCUGAUCCGCAUCGACAGCUCGGCGUUCUCCAGCCUGACCAACGUGGGCCACCUGAUCCUGCCCUCGGGCAUCCGCAGCAUCGAGCAGGACGCCUUCUUCGGCAUGGACACGGUGGGUCUGCUCAAGCUGGCCUACAUGGACCUCAAGGAGGUGGCGCCCUUCACCUUCCGCGGCCUCUCGAAUGUCCUGCUACUCACGCUGCAGGAGUCGGAUCUGGGGGUGAUUUGCGCGGAUGCCUUCACCGGGCUCACCCAGGUGGAGACGCUGCAGAUCCUGAACAACAAGAUCGACUCCAUCGAGGAGCUAAACUUCACCAGCACGGCGGCCAUCAAGCACCUCAAGUUCUUCGGCAACCACGUGCUGGAAACGCCCGAUCCCAACUCCAUCAUCGUCGACGGCGUGGAGCACCUGCAGCUGGUGAGCAACCACUUCCCCUGUGGCUGCCACAUUCACACCCUGCUGGACGGACCGCUGGCCGAGGGCGCCCACAAUCUGACCGACUUUCUGCAGAAGAACUACUGCAUCUCGCCGCUGGAGGUCAACGGGCGGGUGAUGAGCGAGCUGGACAUCGACUCCAUUGGCCGCUGCUCCGACCAGCUGACCAAGGGCAAUCUCGGCAGCUCGGCGGCCUCGCUGGCCCUUGGAAUCAACUCGAUGCUGCUUAUCGCGGUCGCCAGCUGCGCGGAGUGGCGCCACGUGCGGCUCCUGGCCAACCGGCUGGCCCAGCUCCUGGGUCAUGUGGCCUGGCGACGGCGUCGGAAAAGGCGAAAGGGCAAUUAG